AUGGGGAGAAUACCGACGUUUUUGCUGAAGACGAAGAGUGUGCCGAAUGAUGGGUAUGAGGAGAGGUUUGAGGAAGUGAGUUUCAAUGCGAUGAGACAUGGAGGAGGGGUAGAGGGGAGUGAGAGGGGGUUCGAGCCGAUCUUUGUGCCGGUAUUGGAACAUCGGUUUGUGGAUGAGGGAGUGGAGGAGGUUAGGAGGUUACUCCAGGAGAGGGGCAUUGGAAAUGAAGAGGGGAAGAAAUAUGGAGGCUUGAUUUUUACAAGUCAGAGGGCUGUGGAAUUAUUUGCGAAGUUGGUGGAGGAGGGGAAGAAUGAAGAUGAGAGCGAUGAAUGGCCAUAUCUACACAAUAUACCAGUCUAUACCGUCGGCCCAGCUACUUCACGAGCAUUACGAUCGAUACCUCAAACCCCCGCUUUGAAUAUCUUUGGAGCCGAAUCGGGAAAUGGAGAAGCAUUGGCACAUUACAUGUUGGAACACUAUGGGAAUUGGUAUAAAGAUCGCUCCAUAAAGCCACCUCUCCUUUUUAUGGUUGGAGAACAGAGACGAGACAUUAUUCCUAAAACAUUGAUGGAUCCAGAAUUAUCGGCCGAGAAACGAAUUCAAGUCGAUGAAGUCGUCGUUUAUGGGACGGGAGUAAUGGAAUCGUUCGAAGAAGAUUUCAAAGCUUUAUUAAAGAAGACGGAGAAUAGGGAUGCUAGAUGGGUCGUUGUUUUCUCGCCGACAGGAUGCGAUGCUAUGCUACGAUCGCUAGGGAUGUUAGAUUCCCAAACUGGGAAAAUAAUACGAGCGGAUGGACAAGAUGGAAAGAGAAAGACUUUCAUCGCCACAAUUGGACCUACUACCAGGGAUUAUCUUAAGAAAACUUUUGAUUAUGAACCGGAUGUUUGUGCUGGGAAGCCAAGUCCUGAAGGUGUAAUUGAGGGGAUUAGGAAAUUCUUGGAUGAGAGGUAG